CGUCUACGGACCUAGAGUGUUCGUUCUGUUCUUCGGAGCGGUGUGAUCAGCGUGUAUCUCUGCGAUUUAAUCGACGUGUCUUUGGUGAGAAUCAGUGCGAUCAAGGAAAACAGGAUCAGUAUGUGGCGCGAUCCUCCAGGAGGGGGGUGUAACAUACCCACCUACAUCACGAUGAUGCUUCUGUUGGCUGUCUUGGCAUUAACGAACGUGGCUUGCGCUGAGGAUGAAUCUAUGGGACCGGUAUUUGUCAAGGAACCACCAAAUCGAAUUGACUUCUCUAACGGAACCGGUGCUGUCGUCGAAUGCCAGGCUAGAGGAAACCCCCAACCGGAUAUUAUUUGGGUUCGUGCUGACGGAAGUGCUGUUGGAGAUGUUCCCGGACUUCGACAGGUCUUGCCGAACGGAAACUUGGUCUUCCCUCCUUUCCGUGCCGAAGAUUAUCGUCAAGAGGUUCAUGCUCAGGUUUACAGCUGUCUGGCGCGUUCCCCUGCAGGUUCAGUUCACAGCCGAGAUGUUAACGUGAGAGCCGUCGUUACGCAGCCGUAUCAGCCGGAAAUUCUCACGGAAUACGUAAUCAGGGGUAACAGCGCGAUCUUGAAGUGCAGCAUCCCAAGUUACAUAGCGGAGUUCGUUACGGUCGAGGCAUGGAUCAAGGAGGACGGAGAAGUCUAUCUUCCGGAGGAUCCUGCUGUCGGGCAGGAUGGAAAGUACCUGGUAUUGCCUUCUGGAGAAUUGCACAUUCGUGACGUUGGACCCGAGGAUGGAUACAAGACCUACCAAUGCCGAACCAAGCAUAGACUGACCGGUGAAACAAGAUUAUCUGCUACCAAGGGUCGUCUCGUCAUUACCGAACCCGUUGGCAGCGUUCGUCCAAAAAUUCCAUCGACGGACGAUAUUCGUGGAUUCAGGACGACGAUAAACGGAUCUCAGGCUUUGCUAUGUCCUGCCCAGGGGUUCCCCGUUCCUUCUAACAGAUGGUACAAGUUCAUCGAAGGCUCUUCUCGUCGGCAACCGGUCCAGCUGAACGAUCGUGUUCGUCAGGUUAGCGGAACGUUGAUCAUCCGUGAGGCUCGCGUAGAGGAUUCCGGCAAAUACUUGUGCAUCGUGAACAAUUCUGUGGGCGGUGAAAGCGUGGAGACCGUUCUGACUGUAACCGCACCGUUGGCCGCGGAAAUCGAACCCAGCACCCAGACCAUCGACUUUGGAAGACCGGCUACCUUCACUUGCAACGUCAGAGGAAACCCCAUCAAGACUAUCUCAUGGUUGAAAGAUGGCAAACCCCUUGGAUUGGAAGAACCCGUACUCAGAAUCGAGAGCGUCAAGAAAGAGGACAAGGGAAUGUAUCAAUGCUUCGUUAGAAACGAUCAGGAAAGCGCACAGGCAACGGCCGAACUGAAACUUGGUGGACGAUUCGAACCCCCGCAGAUUCGCCAGGCCUUCGCCGAGGAGACUCUUCAGCCCGGACCAAGCAUGUUCCUGAAGUGUGUCGCCAGCGGAAACCCGACUCCUGAGAUCACCUGGGAACUGGACGGCAAACGACUAUCCAACACCGAGAGGCUUCAAGUAGGACAGUACGUUACGGUGAACGGCGAUGUGGUUUCUCAUUUGAACAUCUCCAGCAUUCACACCAACGAUGGUGGUCUAUACAAAUGCAUUGCCGCGUCAAAGGUUGGAUCAGCGGAACAUUCGGCCCGUUUGAACGUCUAUGGUCUGCCCUUCAUCCGUCACAUGGACAAAAAGGCUAUCGUUGCUGGUGAAACUCUUCGCGUGACCUGCCCAGUCGCCGGAUAUCCGAUCGAGAGCAUCGUAUGGGAACGAGACACGAGAGUAUUGCCGAUCAACAGGAAACAAAAGGUCUUCCCCAAUGGCACGCUUAUAAUCGAGAACGUCGAGAGAAUGAGCGAUCAAGCAACGUACACCUGUGUGGCACGCAAUGCUCAAGGAUAUAGCGCAAGAGGAACCCUGGAAGUGCAAGUAAUGGUCGCACCGCAAUUGGCGCCUUUCACGUUCGGUGAGGAGGCAGCGAACGCGGGAGAAAUGGCCACCGUUCAGUGUGCCGUGAUCAAAGGCGAUCUGCCGGUGAAGAUCGUGUGGUCGCUGAACGGUCGGCAUAUCGAUGUCGGACGCGUGUCCGGUGACCACGGUUACGACAUUCCUGACAUCGUCGUGAGCAGAAGUAGUAAACGGAUCAGCACCCUGACCAUAGACUCGGUAGCCGCAAGACACGCGGGCGAGUACUCGUGCACCGCGAUCAACGCAGCCGGAUCCGCUAGGCACACAUCGGUUUUAUCAGUGAACGUACCUCCUCGCUGGAUUCUGGAACCGACUGAUAAGGCAUUCGCUCAGGGCUCUGAUGCACGCGUUGAAUGCAAAGCCGACGGUUUCCCCAAGCCUCAAGUCACCUGGAAGAGAGCAGCUGGGGAUACACCGGGCGAUUACACUGACUUGAAACUUAGCAACCCAGACAUCAGCGUUGAGGAUGGAACCCUGUCUAUCAAUAACAUUCAAAAGACAAACGAAGGCUAUUAUCUUUGCGAGGCUGUCAAUGGAAUUGGCUCAGGACUUUCGGCUGUCAUUCUCAUUUCGGUUCAGGCUCCACCCCACUUUGAAAUCAAACUGAAGAACCAGACUGCACGACGCGGAGAACCAGCUGUAUUGCAAUGCGAGGCUCAAGGCGAAAAACCCAUUGGUAUCUUAUGGAACAUGAACAACAAGAGGCUGGACCCGAAGAGCGAUUCUCGUUACACCAUCCGUGAGGAAAUUCUGGCUAAUGGAGUACUGUCUGACUUGAGCAUCAAGAGAACCGAGAGAAGCGACUCUGCCUUGUUCACCUGCGUUGCCACUAAUGCAUUUGGAAGCGAUGACACUAGCAUCAACAUGAUUGUUCAAGAGGUUCCUGAAGUUCCAUACGGCCUUAAAGUAUUAGACAAAUCUGGACGUUCGGUACAAUUGUCCUGGGCAGCACCUUACGAUGGAAACAGUCCUAUCAAACGCUACAUCAUCGAAUACAAAAUCAGCAAAGGCUCUUGGGAAACUGAUAUUGACAGAGUACUGGUACCUGGAUCCCAACAGAACGUAGCUGGAGUUUUCAACCUGAGACCCGCCACCACAUAUCAUCUGAGAAUCGUUGCUGAGAAUGAAAUUGGCGCAUCUGACCCAUCUGACACUGUUACCAUCAUCACUGCCGAAGAAGCUCCAAGUGGCCCACCAACCUCCGUUCGAGUCGAUGCUCUUGACCAACACACUCUUAAGGUAACAUGGAAACCACCCCCACGCGAAGACUGGAACGGCGAGAUCCUUGGCUACUACGUUGGAUAUAGACUCUCCUCCUCUGACAAACCAUACAUGUUCGAAACCGUGGACUUCUCGAAGGAAGAUGGAAAGGAACACCAUUUGCAGAUCAUGAAUUUGAAAACUUACACCCAGUACAGCGUUGUCGUUCAGGCAUUUAACAAAGUUGGAUCAGGACCGAUGAGCGAGGAACGAAGACAACACACUGCCGAAGGAGUACCUGAACAACCACCCCAUGACACAACCUGCACUACUCUUACUUCUCAGACAAUCAGAGUUUCUUGGAUGUCGCCACCCCUUAGCGCUGCCAAUGGAGUCAUCACCGGAUACAAGGUUAUUUACGGACCAUCUGACACCUGGUAUGACGAGAACACAAAGGACACCAAGAUCACCUCUUCCAGCGAAACAAUUCUCCAUGGACUGAAGAAAUACACCAACUACAGCAUGCAAGUUCUGGCUUUCACUUCCGGUGGCGAUGGCGUCAAAUCUGCACCUAUCCACUGCCAAACUGAACAAGAUGCCCCUGAAGCCCCGAUCGCGAUCAAAUCUCUGGUUAUGUCCGCUGAAUCUAUCCUCGUAUCAUGGCGCCCACCAAGCCAACCCAACGGAGUCAUCACUCAAUAUACCGUCUAUACCAAGGCUGAUAACGCAGAGGAACCGACAAGCCAAAAAGUACCACCGAAUCAACUGACUCACGAAGCUUCUGGACUGGACAAACAACGCAGAUACGACUUCUGGGUAACCGCUAGCACCAACAUCGGCGAGGGAGAGGCUUCCAAAAUUGUGGCUUUGGCACCAAGCGUUAGAGUACCGGCAAAGAUCGCAUCGUUCGACGACAAAUUCACAGCUACCUACAAAGAAGAUGUAAAACUACCCUGCCUUGCUGUCGGCGUACCUGCACCGGAAGUAACAUGGAAAGUACGAGGCGCCGUUCUCCAACCGAGCGACAGACUGCGACAAUUGCCCGAGGGAUCUCUGUUCAUUAAGGAAGUUGACCGUACAGAUGCUGGAGAAUAUUCUUGCUACGUUGAAAACUCGUUUGGCCAUGAUACCGUUACUCAUCAACUAAUUGUCCAUGCUCCUCCUCAUUCACCGCAAGUCACCCUCACUGCCACCACAACUAACUCGUUAACGAUGAAACUAAGACCUCACCCCACUGACAACGCUCCAAUUCAUGGAUACACCAUUCACUACAAACCGGAAUUCGGCGAUUGGGAAACCGCUCAGAUUAGUUCCACGGCUCAGAAGUACACUUUGGAGAAUUUAUGGUGUGGCUCCAGAUAUCAGAUCUAUGUUACCGCAUACAACGGAAUUGGAACUGGCGAUCCUUCUGACAUGCUCAACACUCGUACCAAAGGCUCGAAACCGAUCAUUCCUGAAGCUGCAAGGUUCAUUGAAGUCUCUACCAACAGCAUUACUCUUCAUCUGAGUGCCUGGUCCGAUGGCGGUUGCCCCAUGCUCUACUUCGUCGUUGAACACAAGAAGAAGCACCAACAAGAAUGGAAUCAGGUAUCUAACAACGUGAAACCCGGUGGAAACUUUGUCGUUCUGGACUUGGACCCUGCUAGCUGGUAUCAUCUUCGCGUGACUGCUCACAACAACGCCGGUUUCGCGGUAGCCGAAUACGAAUUCGCCACAUUGACCGUAACCGGAGGUACGAUCGCACCCCCCGUAAGAAAUGGCGGUAACGAGAACACCGAUGUCAGACGUUAUUUCCCAUGGUUACCCAGCUGGCUUGACGUGAACGUGGUGGUGCCGGUCGGAGCUACGGUUGUUGUGAUUAUCGUAGGAAUAGUGGUGAUUUGUGUCGCGCUCUCCAGGAGAACUCGAGGCCCGGAACAAACACGGCUGCGAGGUAUCUCAUCAGCCGACGAGAAAUAUUACGAAGGACAAUACGACGUGGUAUAUCAGCAAACCGGAGUUGGCGGAGCUACCCUCGACAAACGCAGACCGGACCUUCGCGACGAGCUUGGAUACAUCGCACCACCGAAUCGCAAGUUACCCCCUGUUCCUGGUUCCAACUAUAACACCUGCGAUCGCAUCAAGCGAGGUACAGUUAUAAGUGGAACAGGCUCGAUAAGGAGCCACUCGACCUGGGAUCCGAGACGACAUAUGUACGAAGAAUUGAAUCAUUGCGCGCCGAACCGAAGAUGUCCACCACCACCACGUAUGGGCAGUGCCGAAGCUUUAUCCCACAGAGGUAUGGAGGAUGAGAUCUGCCCGUAUGCUACCUUCCAUCUCCUUGGAUUCCGUGAAGAAAUGGACCCCAGCAAGGCUAUGCAGUUCCAAACUUUCCCUCACCCCGGAAACGGACACUCUGGCACCAUGGGACCACCUGUUGGACAUCCUACCAAUGCUUCUGCCCAUAGCCGUUCUGGAUCCCAAUCUAUGCCACGUCAAAAUGGACGCUACUCCCGAGUACCAUCCCAAGGAGGCGGCAGCGGAACCCACAACGUUUUCUCCCCCGAAUACGACGACCCAGCAAACUGUGCACCGGAAGAAGAUCAAUACGGCUCUCAAUACGGACAAUAUGGCGCUCCUUACGAUCACUAUGGAUCUCGCGGUUCUGUUGGUCGUCGCAGCGUAGGAUCGGCCCGCAAUAUCCCUGUUUCCGGAUCACCCGAACCACCACCACCCCCACCAAGGAACCACGACCAGAACAAUUCGAGCUUCAACGACAGCAAGGAGAGCAACGAGAUCAGCGAGGCAGAGUGCGAUCGCGACCAACUUGUGAACCGCAACUACGGCGUGAAUGCUCGCGGCAAGGACGGCAUGACCACCGAGGAGAUGCGUAAACUCAUAGAGAGGAAGCCAAACGAAGCCCCCGGCCGGCAAACCGGCACCGGCCACGGCGGUCACGGGGGACUCCUCACACCCUACGAUACUGUGGCAGUGUAACCUGUAAAUCAUCUUCCGUGGUCUUCCGUCUCUCUCGUCGAUAGCGGCCGAAUAAGACUCGAGAGAAGCGGAAAGAGUGCACACGCUAACUCUUCCCCCGGUGCUGUCGUCGGUCCAAUUUGCAACGAUUAAUCAUUAGAAAAAUCACCAUCGUCGCGAGUAGAUAGAUUCGGUCCAUCUCACACGGUGUACUCUUCGUUGAACUCGAACAACAAUCCUACGCAUCGUCGACGAUACGCUUGUCUUUUUGAAAAAAAAAAGAAAGAAAAAGAAAAAAAAAAUGAUAGGGAGCCCUCUUCUUCGUCUUCGACCAUAUCGUUUUUCUCUCCAUUUUCUUACGGCCUUUCUAUCUUUCGAUCUCGUGUUUUUCUUCGAUGUUCGAUCGCUCACUCGUUCUUGCUCAAUUACCAAGGCCAGGAUUACGAAACUGCCAAAUUCAUUGACUGCCGUUCCAGACGAAGAGGAAACUUUUCUGUUGUCAGGCAAAAUGUCGUCGUCGUCGUUGUCGUUGCGUACGGUAGAAUGAAACGAACGACGUUAACGAGGGUCCCGUUUGAAAAGCGAACACACCCGGCAUGUUCGUGUGGACGUUGAGAAACGCGACAGGAAAUCCGGCCCGCGACGCGUGCUCUCGGCGACGGUAAAUUUUUCACGGGGGUCUUUUGGCGAGAUGUAUCCUAGGUUACAAUUGUCGCUUCCAAUUGUCGCGCCCACGAGUCACGGGAAGUACACACGAGAUACAUUAGUUACUCGCUUUUUAAGUCAUGGUUGUGCCACACUGCCCUACCCGGCAGGCAUAUGAUAUUAUACAUACAUACAUACAUACACAUAUUAAUGAUACUAUACAUAUAUACGAUUUAUAAUUUCGUAACGAAGGUUGUGUCCCCACCCAUCACCUGUCCACCCCGUUAUUUUGGUGAUCGACGAUCUUGGAGUCUCGACGUCGCGGAGAGCAAUUUCUAAGGAGCACUGUUUUGCGACAGUGUCGCAGAGAGUGCGUCGUCGUUGUUGUCGUCGUGUUUUAGCAGUAUGUAGUAUGACGACAAGUCGCAUCGAUGCCGUGGUGACGUUUAAUCAGAAACAUUUUAAAACCAACGAAAUUUUGACGAGAACACCGAUUGACCGAUCCGUAGGAAGAACAACGCGGCACGUUUUAUCGCAGAGACACACGAUUUCAGCCGACCACAUCUCAUUCGAUAUUUCAUACGUUAGAAGAAAAAGCAAAAAAAAAAAAAAGUAAUAAUGAACAGGAAUAAUUACGAAUGUAAUCACACACAUACACACACGAACACACCACGCUCGCUGUCGAUUUUUAAUCGUCCUAUAUGAUAUUUAGUCCGCAAUACACACGUACAUAAACACACAUUAUACAUACAUAUAUUCGCAAGCUAAUCUCGAUCAAUUAUGAACGUACAUACGUGAAUUUAACGAUAAUGCGACGAUGAUAUUAUACGUGUAAGCAAUUCGAGCAACAAGUACCGAUUUAAACGUAAGUAGGAUAUAAGAUGGACGGAUGGUCGCGAGGAGCGCCGUUUCCUCUUUCGUUGAACGAUGAUGGAUCGAGCGUAGGAAAUAUAUCAAAAUUAUCACUUCAGGUUUAAUAGAUACGCUUUUAGUAUUUGAAUUAGAAAAGAAAGGCAAAAUUGAGAUAUCUUUUGGACGUUUAAAUCUACAGCUCGACGAGUCUGCCUCGAAACGGUUGCGGCGCGUAACUCAUAGUUCGUUUUUAUUACAACACUAUUUAGAUAUACGGAAAUAUAUAAAUAUAUAAAUAAAAAAGUAUAUAUAUAUAUUGACGUUCAUAUACAAUACGUUGUAAGUAGAUAUGUCUAGGUGUCGCAUUUAUUUGCUGAGGCGAUGCACGAGUGGUACACCAGUUGAGAGUUCACGGUCGAAGAAUACCUCGUUGUAGACGAUGAGGUAGUGCCGGGUUACUUUGACCGUGAAACACAAAUCUCUUUUUUUUUUUUCUUCUUCGUCCUAAUCUCCCUUUUGUAUCGCUGGCUGCGACUCCGCUCGCCGACGCACUUUUUACUCAUCGAUGUGAUUUUAAAGGCUGCGCAAAGUCUCGUGUCUCGUGUAUGUGUUACGAUCGCGCUCUACCACAUUAAAUGUAGCCAUAUCCAAGUCACCUUUUAACAAUGUAUAUCACGUUUUACUCACGUAACGCUCGCGGAGCUUUUCGCUUUGAAGCUUUGAAACUUAACGCGAUGAAAGAGAAUUCGACGAAAUAUUUAACUUAUUCCAAUAUUAACCGUGCGAUCGAUUUCGCGUGCGCCUCUGCUCGCACGUGAGCGUCGAUAUUUAAAGUAAGAAAAAGCAACAAAAAAAAAAAAAUAAAAAGAAAAAAAAACGUGAUGUCCGCGAAUUGUCGCGUAACUUUCAUUUUACUAUCGAUUGGCAACACGUUCGUUCGUCGUUAUGGUUUGUGUGAUCGAUCUGGUAUCGUUUCUCUCUUCGCAAGGUUUUAAUGUUGUUUUUCGAACGAUGCUGUGAAACGGUCGGUAACACCGUCCGAGUUAUACCUAUAAUAUUAUGCUUUGUUCCAUGGAAAAUACUUGAUGUUAGUUUCGUGCAACAACGGGGCGGUUCUUCGAGCUUCUUCGGCGGGGCGCGUAUCGUUUAAAUCUGUUUUCAUUUGCAAGCAGACUCGGGACAUUUCGUAAUUAGUAACUCCUGUGUUGCGCUCAGUGCUCGCCUUUAAAUUGGCUGUAACUUUGCAUUCUCGUACAACGAUACUCGUAUUUCUCCGCGUUCGUAGGGACUCGAGGAUCCGCUUGCAGUACACCGUUUCCUCAGUACCACUAUUUUAUGUUUUUGUACCAAAGUCAUAGCGUCUAACUUUACGUUAAAUAAAUAAAACCAAA